AUGCCCAGCGGUAUACUAUUAGGCCGUCGACUACGCACUAGAUUAGAUGUUAUAAAACCAGAUAGGGAGAGUAAAGUUUACAAAGCUCAGCAGAAACAAAGAGAAUCAUUUAAGGGGACAAGUAGAAAGAUGCAGGUAGACGAUGAGGUAUGGUAUAGGCAAUUCAUGAGGGGUGAGAAGUGGGCCCCGGGUCAAGUUAUCGAUUGUUUAGGUCCGAACAAUUACAAAGUAAGGAACCGAGAAGGUGAUGUGAUUCAUAGACAUAUGGAUCAAUUAAAAAAGAGAUCCUCUAGAAUUUCCCUAUCAUCUUACCCGUUGAAGGAAAUAGAUAAAAGAAUCAGUGCAAAUUCUAACUCAGAACCACCGAUGACAGAUCGGUCACCGGGCGGGAUUCAGCCGGAACAGGCGGUGGCAGAACGGUCAGAUUUAACGCCGAUAAACGUGGAAACGGUAGAAAUGGAUGCAACAGAAAUUCCGAAGUCACCGGAGUAUCUGGACGCCUGUCCAGAUAUGGUAUUGCCUAGUACGAAUGCACCACCGCCGCCCCGAGUCCGCCCAAAGAGAUUAUGUAGAAUUAAGAAUCUAGAUAGUAUUAAGUUUUAG